UUCUGAAGUCCACGUGCUGAAAAUUAUGCACUAAAAAUAUUCAAAUAUCGACUUUAUUUGGUGAUAGAAAGCCUCCGAUCGCUCUGAGAGAAAAUGGAUCAGGUAAAGAAGGAUGCCCGGUUUGCCCACAUUGGCAAGGAUCCGAGAUUUCAUAAUUUGCCUUCGCGGGAACGCAAAGUGAAGAUUGACAAACGGUUCAAAUCUAUGUUCGAAGAUAAGAAGUUUAAAUUGAAGUACAGUGUAGAUAAACGAGGUCGACCAAUCAAUACUUCAACCAAUGAGAACUUGAGAAAGUUUUAUGAACUAUCCGAUUCCAAUUCUGAGGAUUCUGAAGAGAGUGAGGAAGAGGAAAUUGCCAGAAUUGUGAAAGGGAAAAAGAAAUCAUUGGAUGGUGACAAGAGAAAGUUAAAGGACAAAGAGAAAGGAAAGGUGCUUGGAAAGAAGAAGGUCGACUCUCCUUUGAGUAAAAAGUCAAAGAAGAAUGUAGAUGGAGAAAAUUCAGGCAAGAAGACUGAUAAAAAUAAAGGUGGCAAUGAUGAUAAAAGUCUGGCCAAAUCACACAAGGGUGUUGACAGCCAAUUUAGUAAAGUGAGCGUUGGCCAGUCUCCAAAAUCAAAGAAGGUCCAGAAUAAAAAAAUGCAGGAGUUGGAACCGAGGGAUUCCGAGGAUGAAGAAGAUGUUUCUGAUGAAGGUAGUUAUUUUGAGUCUGCAUCAGAGGAUGAUGAAGCCAGCUCAUCAGCCAGCGGAGAUGAUGGAGAAUCUGAAUCGGAUGCAUCUGAGUUGGAUGUCUCUGUCCCAAGUGGCUCUGCUCCUGGUGGACCAGACUUGGCUCGAGGUGAAGGACUUGUGUCAAGUUCAGAUGAUGAAUCAGAGACAGAAUUAGCAGAUGCUGAUAAAUUUGAUCAUAACUGGGGUGAGUUGGACCAGGGGGCUGCGAUGGUCGAGGACGCGACUAGCCGGCUGGCCGUGUGUAACAUGGAUUGGGACCGGAUUAAGGCACAGGACAUCAUGAUCUUAGUCAACUCAUUCAAGCCACAGAGAGGGGUCGUGAAAUCGGUUUCGAUUUACCCAUCUGAAUUUGGCGUGGAGAGAAUGAAAGAAGAAGAGAUCCAUGGACCAAAAGAGUUAGUGGAAGAUAAACUCGCGUCUGAUGAAGAGGACCCACUGGAAGGAUCAGAUGAGAAAACGUCAGGUUUGCAUUACCACCGUGAGAAACUGCGGCAGUAUCAACUCAACAGGCUGAAGUAUUAUUACGCAGUGAUAGAGUGCGACUCCAGAGAAACGGCCAACGCCAUCUAUACGGAGUGUGACGGCAUAGAGUAUGAGAGUAGUUGUGCUCGGUUGGAUCUAAGGUUUAUUCCAGAGGACAUGACCUUUGAGCACGAACCCAAGAGUGUUGUGAAAGACGUAGCGGACAUCUCGACAUAUAAACCAUCGCUGUUCUUCAACACUGCCCUGAAUCAGUCCAAGGUAUCGUUGACCUGGGAUGAGACAGACCAGGACCGGUUGAAGGUGACUAUGAGGAAGCCCAAGUCUGGGGAAAUCGAUAUGAUGGAUGUACAGGCUUACCUCGCAUCCAGCUCCGGGGAGGAAGAAGAGGACGAAAUUGCAGAUAACGUCAAUGAUGGAGAUCGAUUGAACAGGUACCGUGCUCUGCUCCAGGGGAUUGAGAGUAAGGAGAAGAACAAGGGAGAAAAGGACAUGGAGAUGGAAAUCACAUGGGAACCAGGUUUAAGAGACACGACAGCCGACCUCAUUAAGAAGAAGGCAGAAGAGAAAGAUGCGACUCCGUGGGAGCAAUAUCUGAUGAAGAAGAAGGAAAAGAAGAAGAAGAAAAGGGAGGAGAAAGCCGUGAAGACCACCAACAAGGUGGAGCCGGGGAAAAGUGAUGAGGGCGAUGAUGCUGAAGGCUACAGUGAUGAUGAGCUUCCAGCCGGUAUUGACCUUGAUGAUCCCUACUUCAAGGAGGAGAUUGAAGGAGUUCAACUGUCCAAGAAGGAGGGGAAGAGGAAGAAGAAGAAACAACGUGAGGAAGAGACUGAGGAAGGGAAACAAAAAGCGGCCGAGUUGCAGCUGUUGAUGAUGGACGAGGAUGACAACCAACAACACUUCAAUCUUAAAGAUAUCAUGAAGAAGGAGAAGUUAGAGAAGAAGAAGAAGAGAAAGAAGAAGAAGCCCAAGGAGGGUAUGCAAGUGGAGGACACGUUCGAGAUUGAUGUCACGGAUCCACGUUUUGACGCCAUGUACAAGUCGCAUCAUUACAACGUCGACCCGUCCUCGCAUGAAUUCAAGAAAACCAAAGCUAUGGAAUCGAUUAUACAAGAAAAAUUGAAGCGGAAGAAAAUGGGGUCGGAAAAAGGACGCGUACAGGAUAGUGGUGCUGUGACUGUUUCGAAAAAGAUAAAAUUAGACUCGACACCGGACACACAGACUGAGGACAAAUCAUUGUUGUCGCUUGUGAAAUCGGUGAAAAUGAAAACGCAGAAAUUUCAACAAAAGAAGGAUUCGAAAAAGUCCUGAGGUUUUGAUUAUUCUUGAACGUUUCCGCCAGGCCUCGAGUUUGUUUUUGCAUUGAAAGAGACAAAACGUCACGGUUUAUUUUGGUGAUUUAUUUACACAUGUGACAUUUUGUUUAGAUCUUAAGUAUCUAUGGAG